AUGGAGAAUUCAACGAAAAUAGUUUUUGUUCUUCAAGGACUGAAUGGCGCGAUGCCAAACAAACAUACUUACUUUGUCGUCGCUCUUCUCGUUUACCUUUUUACUAUUCUAGUGAACCUGACUUUGAUCGUGACCAUUAUUUUGGAGAAAACACUCCAUGAGCCCAUGUUUAUUUUUCUGUGUGGCUUGUGUGUAAAUGACAUAAUUGGUGCCUGUACGUUUUAUCCAAAAAUAUUGGUGGAUCUUUUAUCUUACUUGAGGGUUACUUCGUAUAUAGCUUGUCUCAGUCAAAUUUUUUUAUUAUAUAGCUACUCCUUCGUCGAAUUUACUACGUUAACAGUAAUGGCUUAUGACCGCUAUAUCGCCAUAUGCAAGCCGCUGAACUACCACUCAAUCGUCACGCCUCGGAAGGUGAUACAAUUGCUGAUUUUUACCUGGCUGUUAACCCUCUGUGAAACAAGUAUUGGGAUGGGCUUGUUAGUCAGACUACCUCUCUGUGGAUUCAACAUCGAUAAGCUAUAUUGCACAGUCUGGGCAGUGGUAAAGCUAUCCUGUGUGGAUACCACUAUCAACAACAUAUAUGGGACCAUUCUUUCUUUUUUUCACGUUUCACAGGUAGUGUUGAUAAUGAUUUCCUAUAUUAAUGUCGUCAGAGCAUCUGUGCGAUCGCAGGAAGGACGGAAUAAAUUCAUGCAGACCUGUUUGCCCCAUUUAAUCUCAUUGACCAACUUCACAGUUUCAAUAAUUUUUGAUGUCAUGUACGCUCGCUAUGGUCCCACCACCCGUCUACUGGCUCUCCGCAAUUUCAUGUCGCUGGAGUACCUCGUCGUUCCCCCGAUCCUAAACCCCCUCAUCUACGGACUGAAAAUGAACCAGAUCCGCAGGAGAAUCUUUCGAAUUUGCAACAAGAAAGUACAUGUUAUAAAGUGA